GCACAUCGUUCGCUUCCUGCUUCCUGACAGCUGCACAACACCAGCAGCAGCAGAAGCCCACUUGUUCUCCGGGUUUUUCUCUCUAAUUUGGCUUAUCUGUCCCUGUGUCCUUCUGUCCUUCUGUCCGUCUGUCCUCUGGUCUCUGUCCCGUCUCCAUGCGCGUUCCCGUGUGCGCGGCGCUGUUGUUGCUGCUGAGCGAUGCGGCGACUCAUCAGUUCACUGAGCAGGAGAUGGCUGCUGUCAGACAGCGCAUCAAAUCCAUGUUCUACCACGCCUACAACAGCUACCUCGACAACGCCUUCCCCUACGAUGAGCUCCGCCCACUCACCUGUGAUGGACAAGACACCUGGGGCAGUUUCUCACUCACUCUGAUUGAUGCCCUCGACACUCUGCUGGUUUUGGGAAACCAUACAGAGUUUCAGCGAGUAGCCUCACUUCUCCAAGAUACUGUGGACUUCGACAUUGACGUCAAUGCAUCCGUGUUUGAAACCAACAUUAGAGUGGUGGGUGGUCUGCUGUCGGCCCACCUGCUGGCAAGGAGAGCAGGGAUGGAGCUGGAGCCUGGCUGGCCUUGUUCAGGACCGCUGCUGAGGAUGGCCGAGGAUGCCGCCAGGAAACUGCUGCCUGCGUUUCAGACUCCUACUGGGAUGCCGUACGGUACGGUGAACCUGCUGCACGGUGUCAGUCCCACCGAGACACCUGUCACCUGCACCGCCGGCGUGGGAACUUUCAUCCUGGAGUUUGCUAUGCUGAGUCGAUUAACUGGAGACCCGACGUUUGAGAAUGCAGCCCGCCGAGCUCUGAGAGCCCUAUGGAAGACCAGAUCUGACAUCGGACUGGUGGGGAACCACAUUGAUAUCGUGUCUAAAAAGUGGGUGGCUCAAGAUGCUGGGAUUGGAGCGGGUAUCGAUUCUUACUUUGAGUAUCUGGUGAAAGGAGCCAUCAUGCUGCAGGACGAAGAGCUGCUUAACAUGUUCCAGGCCUACGAUCGAGCCAUUCAGAACUACACUCGCUUUGACGACUGGUACCUGUGGGUGCAAAUGCAUAAAGGAACAGUGUCCAUGCCUGUUUUCCAAAGUCUGGAGGCCUUCUGGCCCGGCCUGCAGUCUCUCCUGGGGAACCUGGACAGUGCCGUCAGAACAUUUCAGAACUAUUAUUCGGUGUGGAGACAGUUUGGAGGUCUGCCGGAGUUUUAUAGCAUCCCUCAGGGUUACACUGUGGAUAAGAGAGAGGGAUACCCACUGAGGCCAGAGUUAAUAGAGAGUGCCAUGUACCUGUUCAGGGCCACAGGCGACCACACCUACCUCCAGCUGGGCUUUGACGCUCUGGAGUCCAUAGAGAAGAUCGCCAAGACGCCCUGCGGAUAUGCCAGCGUUAAAGACCUGCGAGAUCACCAGCUGGACAACAGGAUGGAGUCCUUUUUCCUCGCUGAAACCAUAAAAUACCUCUACCUGCUCUUUGACCCCACCCACUUCCUGCAUGGCGGAGGGACGGAGGGCGACGGUUCCUGGGAGGAAGGCGGUGAUGGGGGGCAGUGUGUUUUAGGGGCUGGGGGGUUCAUCUUCAACACAGAGGCUCAUCCUCUGGACCCAGCGGCGCUCUACUGCUGCAGCCGCCACACCCAGGACCAUCAGGAGCUCCGAGAUAUCCUGCUCAGCCUGUCCCAGCCCGACAGUCGAUCAAGACCGCCUGCCAAACAAACAGAAGACCCUCCACCCACCCCGUUAGACAGCAUUGCUCUGAAGCCAGGAGAAAAGAAGACGCCUCCACUGCUCUCCUGCCCCGUUCAGCCAUUCAGCGCUCGACUGUCCGUCUUUGGACAGGUGUUCACUGACAACACCUGACACUUCAGGAUCUCCUUUCAAUGACUAUGUGAGGCCGUGGUGGCUCAUUGGUUUAAAAGUCCACAUUUUUUUCACCGUCAUGUGAAAAAGUCAAGCGGUUUUCAAAAAUGACCAGUUUUUACGAAAAGCCAACAGGAUGAAUAAAAAGUCAUUUGGAGUCCGGUUUUGAUCCAAGAGAUUCACCACUAUCCAGGAAGCUGGUUUUGAACUUUGAUUGUAGUUGGGACCAGUGAGCCCUGAACUCAGAUUUGCUUUGCUGACACUUUGCUAACUUAAACUGAUAGGAAAGUAUAUUUUUAUUUAUUAAAAACAUUUUGUAAUUUUAUAUUCGUCUCAUUUGUUUCUAAUAAGAGACUCAGAAAUGAGAAGGGGGAGGAUGGUGCCUUAGGGUUUACAUUGCCAUUUGAGUCAAGACCUAAUAUUUAGAGGUAAAAAAGAAAAUUGCUUGAAUUUACAAAUCUGCACCUUUUAAAUGGUAACUCCAUACAGUUUCUGUAGCAUUUUUUUGUUUGCAACUCUGGGGCUUUCUGUAUCAUCAGAAUCAGGUUAAAAGUGUACUGUUAAUAUUGAGACAGAAGAUUGAGGACAUGCAUGUCAAAAAAUGUGUUGUAGAUUAACUGUAGUACCUGGUUACACAGCCAGGUGGAAACCCAUACACCCAUCCAUUACCGCUUAAUCCUCUGUAGGGUCACGGGGGGCUAUAGCCUUUCCCAGUUGACUUAGGUUGAAGGCAGGGGACACCAUGGACAGGUUACUGCGCAGACAACUCACAUUCACACCUAUGGACAAUUUAGAAUCACCAAUUAACCUCAGAAUGUUUCUGGACUGUGGGAGGAAGAUGGAGUAUUUAAUGAGAACCCACAAUGCACAGGGAGAACAUGCGAACUCCAUGCAGAAAGAUCCCAGGCCGAGAUGUGAAUCAGUGAUCUUCUAGCUGUGAGGCCACAGUGCCACCAUGCAGACCUGGUGGAAACCCUUACUGGUUAAUACAUGUCACUUGAGCUACAGACAGUUCAUGUUCACAAGCAGAGAGCUUUGAGAGGAUUUAGCUAGCUACAAGUACAAACAUCACAAAGAUAUCUGUGAUGUUUAAUGCCAUGAGUUCAUGUUAUCAAGGCUUCUAGAGAUCAAGUGCGCUUGUCUUUUUAUGGUCGUUUUGCUAAUAUAGCAGAGCUGCUUUUGCAGCACUGCAAGUAAACUCUGGUUUUGAUUAUGCAUUACUGAUUGAUAAAGUUGCUGAUUAUAAGUUCUAAAAUAUGUCAGAAAUUUGCAUCCAUAUUUGAUAGAUGGACAUGAAUUAUUAGGGGUUAAAUUAAUGACUGGAGAGGGACUUGAAUCUUCUAAUUAAUCAGUCCACACUGACUCUAAGAGCCUUGUCUGCACAUUAACAUGAAACCCAUGCACAGUAUGAGUUAUAAUUCCUGUGUUACUGUGAGUGCUUGCGUUGGUAUGUUUGUACACAAGCCAAAAGGCUUAAAACCACUAGUCUAAAUUACAGACUUGUUUACAACCACACAGUUUGUGAGUGGAGGCAAAUAGAUCAUAACUGCUCAAAACAACACAAGGAGGCUGAUAUCAGGAGUCCCAGUGUCUCCUCACCUCACUGAGCUACAGCAGCAACUCUCGUCUGAACUGUUUAAGGUCUUGUAUGGAUUCAGACUGAGAGCUUUGGGAUCAUCUAACAGUUUCUGAAAAUCUUCCUUUUGAUGGUGGAUCUUCUAAAAUACCGGGCUUUGCAAAAGUUCUGUUACACGGUUUCAUGAUCUUUAGAGACGUUUACAUGUUGGAGUGAAAAAUUCCAUUAAAUAAACUGAAAGUUCUACCUUA